CUCCUUCAAGCCGCCCGCCACUCAGCAGCAGCUGGAGCUGGGCUACCGGGAGGCGCCCAGCGUGCACGAGCCCAUGACCAUGGUGUUCGUAAAGGUUGCCAAGCCCGCCGCCGUCUCCCGCGCGGAGGCCUCUGCCGGCGACCUGGGUGAGGUGCAGGUGUUGUCCGCCAUCACCGCCUACCAGCUGGCAGUGGGGCAGUACUCGGCGCUGGCUCGCAGCCUGCUGGCGCCGUAUGGCGGCUACGAGUGCAAGGAGCCGGAGCCGGGGAAGUUCACAAUGGCUUUCGGAUGCCUGAAGGACGCCAUUGCGUGGGCCUGCCACCUGCAAAAAGAGCUGCUGCACCUGCCCUGGCCGCCGGCGCUGCUGCAGAUGCCUGGGUGUGAGGAGGUGCUGGGGGGCGGCGGGCAGCGGCUGUGGUGCGGCCUGCGGGUGCGGGUGGGCAUGGCGCAUGGCUACAUCAACGUGAAGAAGCCGAUGAACACGGGGCGUGCGGACUACUUUGGCGAGCUGGCUAACACUGCGGCGCGUGUGGCCGCUCUGGCCGCCCCGGGGCAGAUCCUGGUGGAGUCCUCGCAGGUCGUUGUGUUCAUGCCUGACGGCACCCACCUGCUGUCGGGGUCCUACCCCACCUACCUGCCCGUCAAUUGGGCCGCAGCCAACGACGAGCCCCGCGCCGCGGUCCUUGCGCGCCGGCACGAGGCCGUGACCGACGGCGGAGCGCUGCUGGGGUAUUGGAAUGCGGGUUCCGGAGCAGCCGGGAGCCGCCGUGGGUAUGGUAGUGACCGUAUUCGCCGUGCGAGCUACGGCGCCGGGCAGAUGGACACGCUUGGUGAUGCAUUGCACGAUCUGCCGCUGGCCACACCCUUCCAAAGAGUGCCCAGGUCCGUUGGUAACGGAGUCCCCGAGCCCGCCGCCUCGCCCGCCACCCCCCUAGCCGCGCUGAUGACGCUUCAGAGCCGGCGGCGCAUCUCGCUUCUGGACGUCACCGCCCGCUCCCUGAGCACCGGCGCACAGCACCUGUUGGCGGCGAGGAGGAAGUCCAGGACGGACGGAGGGGGGAUGGACCUGAGGCACGGCUCAGGGUGCCAGGUUGACGGGCCCAGCGACAUGCGAGUGGAGUACAUUGAGCUGCGGGCCCUGGGCAAGUUCCUGCUGCGCGGCUUGGAUAACCCCAAACUGCUGUUCCAGGCCCUCCCAGAGUCCCUCCUCGAACGCACCUUCCCCAUCCCCACGGAGGCUCUGGUCAGCAUGCCGGAUGCCUCCCUCACGAUGCGGGCUGAGAUGCCGCGGCGGGUGGGGCUGCUGGCUCUGCUGUGGCGCACCGCGGGACAGGUGGGGGAGCUGGUGGCGGGCGGCGCCACUCGUGGAGCGCUAGCAGCCGUACGUGGCAGGACAGCAGUAGCAGGCGGAGGAGGCGCAGUUCAGCUGCGGGGGGCUGUGGCAGGUGCAGGAGCCAGGGGGGCAACGGUGCCUUCAGCGCUGGCGCUUCAGAGCCGGAAGACCCUCCCGGGCGCUGUGAUGGACGAGGCGCUGUUGGGGGCCCGAAGUCCCAGAGGCGGCUCCCGCCGGCGCUCGGACGUCUCCGCCCUCACCUCCCGCCGUCACACCUCCAUGUUCCCGCGCACGGCCACUCGCUUCCCCAGCAGCUUCCUGCCCGGUAGCAGCAGCCCGCGCGGGGGACAGGGCGACGUCAAGAUGAGGGCCUCGGGCAGCGGCAAGUCCGGACGCCAGGGCCGCGGCGGGCUGCUGGCGUCCUCACACAGCACAUCGCUGGAAAGGUGUAAAUUGGGGCACGUUCCGCUGCUGCGGAGUGCCACCUCCCCUCGGCGCGGCCUGGAGGACAUGCCGCCUUUUCCCCGGCGCUCCUCCGUCGACCUCUCCCGCUUCCCCUCCAUGCUGCAUCACUAUCAUCAUCAUCAGCAGCAGCACCGCAGCCCUGGUGACGGGGCGUAUGAGGACGCAGCAGAGCUGCAGGAGAGUGCUUCCCGUCCGAGCACGGCAGGAGGGUUUUCUGGAGAGAUGGGCGACCAGCCCACAUCGUCGACCUCGCCUUCACGGCAGCUGCGGCGCUCCUCACCUGGCCAUGUCGCAGCAGCAGCAGCAGAUGAAGCCCUGAGGCCGCUAGGCGCACGGGCAAGGCUGGGCAGCAGUGGCCAGCGCUCCGAGGUUGCAACCCCGGGAAAGGCGGACCAGCCCCUGGAGCCGCAGCCGCCGGUGUCCUGUACAUCAGGCAGCGUCAACCCCUACAGCCCGUACAGCCCGCCAGGGACUUCGCCGUACAGCCCAAGCUGUACGGCAGUCCCGGGGGGCCGUGUCCCCCCCCUGCGGCUUGCACGAGGUUCCAGCGGAACCACCCCCUGCCGCGGCCCGGACGCAACGACGUCUGCCUUCCAGCACAGCAAUAGCAACAACCCGCUGAGCGAUGAAGCCAUGCAGCUAGUCUUCAUGAACCCGCUGACCUCCGCCUUCACGACUCCUAGGGAUGCAACCGUGUCGCCCGGCGCAAUGGCAGCGGUGGCCAUGACGGCGAUGGCCGGGGCCGGCAGCCGCAGCUCGCUGGACGGGCAGUACUUCGUCCUGCAGCCGCAGCUGUCCGUCAACAGCAGCACAUGCAGCGCUUCCCAGACGCAGGGACAGCAACGCGGGGGGAGUGCGACUGCAGGCCCGGCCCACGUGGCGGGCGUGCAUGAAAUUGGAAGCGACGUGGGGAACACGGGUAGCGGGGCAACAGCGGACGCGGGUCCAGGCAGCAGGGAGGGGCUCCCGACGUUGGGCCUGUCGCGGGCAUCGAUGGAAGCUGCGGGUGCGUUACAUCUCAGCAGCACCAGUCCACGCUCGGUCCCAGCGCUUAGCCGGCCUGGAAGUCUUCCUCGAGAUUGGAUGCGAGCGCCGUCGCCCCUCGGCGGCGGCUCCGUCGUCACUGCCGUGUUGGCAGGCGGUGGGACCGCAGCAGAGACCCAUGGGUCGGCUGCUGCUGCGCCGCUUGCCGCAGCAGCUGGGGCAACCGUUCCCGAGAUUGAGGCCGUGAACCCGAUCUAUGAAAUGCCAAGCAUUACGGCUCGGCUGCCCGUCAGCCGCUCUGGGAGUGAAGGGGACAUGGGCACAGAGCCUAGCAGUCCGACCGGCAUUAUAGGCUCCCUUGCUGCUGGUGCGAUCCCCGCUGCUCCUCUUGAGAUGCGACACCACGGCAGCACUGCGUCGCUUAAACACCUCUUCCUAGAUUCCCUAGCUGCCUGGACCCAGAAACCAACACUGUUUCCCGGUGGCAAGCGCUCUCGCACACAGCAGGGCAUUAGCUCCAGCAGCGGUACCUCGGUUGCAGCCUCAGCCGCCGCUCCCUUCAACCCUAUUACCAUGAUUACAACUGAUUUUGGUCUUACCGGAGAUGGCGAUGGCGGUAACAGCGUCGUGUUUGCAUCCACGUCACCAACGCCGCCGCCGCCGCCGCUGCCAGCGUUGCCUCCACAGGCCACCUCGGGCCACCCGGGGGGGCUGCUGUCGGAUCUGCGGGUGAGGGCGGUGCUGCGUGCCGCCUCCGCACAAGCUGUUGCUGCGCCCACUGAUGCAGGCGGCAGCCGCGAUCCCAGCAGCGCUGGCGAUGCAGCAGGCGAAUCCGCGGGAGGCAGCCGCCCCUCGAUCGGCGGCGCCGCCCUGCGUUCCCCCGGUCGCGGCGCUGAUGAGCCCUCCCUGCACCGCCAGCACCAACACACCCCCGCUACCCCCGCCACCAACACCGCCACCACCACCUCCCGGCUCGCUACCUGCACACGCACGCCGGCUGAGGGAGAAGAAGUCGAGCAGCAGCCGCAACCGCCAUCGCCACCACAACUCCAAUCACCUUCCUCACCACCACAGCAAUCCCUGUCGCAAUCACAAACCGUUUGGCAACGUCUGCGCUGCAUGUACCAGCACAGCCGUGACCAUCACCAGCAGCACCACGAGCAGGAGCAACGUCACACGCGUCUAAGCCGAGGACGCACUUUAGACGAGACGGCCGAGCUAGGUACUCACGAGGAGUUGUACUGCGACAACAACAGCACCCCCCGUGCCGACGCGGCCCAGGAGGCCCUGCAACAGCAGCCCCAGUUGACCUCAGCCGGCAUGUGUACGGCAGCAGCCCACUCGCUGCUCCCCACUAACGUAGCACGCAUAGCCCUGUCGCAUCGCGUUAGCGAAAUCCACACUGAUGCAAGCGGCGGUGUCGUCAACAACCCCGGCGACCCCGGUGCCCGUGGCGGCCGGGCGGAACGUGCAGUGGCCUCUCUGCUGCGCGGCGUGCGGCUGGGUCGGGGUGUGAGCACCCUGGGCGGUGCGUCCGUUGCGUCCGUGUACAGCCCACCCGGGAGCGCCCGCAGCCACACCCAGCAGCGGCAUGGGUCGCCGGUGCCGCGGUUCAGUGGGAGCAGCAGUGGCUCCAGCCUCUACAGCGGCACCGCCAGUCCGCGGGUUACGUCUGGUGGUGUGGAGCCUGGAACGACGAACCGCAUGACGAGUCUGCUGGCCGCCGUGUUUGGCCGCGGACAGCACGCACGCCGCCGGCACGCGCGCUUCCGUCGCCGCAGCACACACAUCUUCAUGAACGACGCCGCUCGUAUGGAGCUGUUGCAGAGGUCAGCAGUGGCACCUUCAGCCUCUCCGGAGGCGGACGCAGGCGACGCUGCGGACAGCGGCUCCCACUCCUUCGCAGCCGCUGUAGCGCUCACGUAUGUGCAGCACCGCCGGCAGCAGCAACACCAGGAGCUACACAGCGCCGGCGUCAGCAUGUGCAUAUCCAACACUCGUGACGGCAGCGGCAAUGUCAUGAAGGACAGUUUUGGCCUGGGGUGGUCGCUGGGAGAGGAGUCAGGCGUUACCUGUCCCAGGGAGUCCUUCGGCCUUGCCACCGAAGCCCAAGCGCCCCAAUCCCAGGCGCCGCCGUGUUCCAGAUCUCCAACCGCCGCCACGAGCGGGAGUCUGUGGAGCGGCGACCCGCAGUGCCUGCACCCGCACCCGCACCAAGGAGUGCCCGUCAGUCCCGUCGCCGCUGCUCUCAGCACCCUGCCUGCGGACUUCUGUGGCGGCGAGGGCAGCGGCAGCCCCGCUGCGCCCUCGAACAACCCCCUCGCGGACAAGAACGCUAACAGCAGCAACAACAACGACAAUGGCCCGCUGGCGUACGCCCGACGUGGUAUACACGCAAUGUAUGGCAUCCACGGCACCAGCAACCACAACAUGAACGCCAUCGCCCCGCCCUCCGACUCGCUUUCCUCUGUGUCUCAGACCGCCCUGGCCAUGGCUAUGGCUGCUCCUUCGAGCACCGUGAGCGCACUUGGAUCCGGCCGCUCCCUCCAUACCGCCCCGCUCAGCCAGGAAUACCAGGCGGCCACACCUGAUCAGCUUCGUUCAGUUGGCGACGGCAGCUCUGCUGCUUUUGAGGUACUGCCGUACAUUCAAGGCCCUACGGGUGCCACCGGCGGUGGCUGUGGCGGCGCUGUUAUGACGAACAAGGAUGGAUCCACAAGCGCUACAGCGACUCCUAGCUUGUUGCCCGCAGGAUUACUGCAGAGGUACCCCUCUUUAGCCUGUGACACGCCUUGGGAUGCUGAUAGUUCUGCAACCGCUCAGCAGCAGCAGCAAUACCCCGGCUUCUACACGCGGCUGUCCCGCGCCAGCACGCUGAGUCGCUCUGGCGCGGUAGGCGGGGAGAAUGCCCUCAUGAGCUCAUGCAGUGCUGCGGCGGCGGUAGCAGCAGCUGCUGCUGCGGCGGCCCUUUCUAGCCCUUUUGAGGCGGCUGCAGCCCAAAAGCAGCUUCCCAGCUGGCAUGCAGGAGGAAGCCCCUGCGCACCAACAACCGCGGCAUUGCCGCCGGGCGCAUUGAGGUCCCCCGCCCUGUCGUCGCACGGCAGUGAUAGCAUGCAGCUGCAACUGCAGCAACAGCAAACUGGUUACUCUUCACAACAGGACUUGCUUCUGUCGUAUUGCCAGCAACCUUCCCCCACGGCCGUUGCUCAGGUGUCGCCUGUACAAGCCCGCCAGCGACGCCAGCCCCCUGCGCGCUGCGAGCAACGACACACUGGGCGAGGCUUGGGCAAGGUGCCUAGCGCUGCCUACCUAGACGUGCUGCAUUCCGCCACUCCCGGCGUCCCUCACGGUGCACCAGCUGCGCGAUUCGCCAGCCCCCAGGCUGCUGCUUCAGCUCAGUCCAUGAGCCCCUCAAUGUCACCACCUAGCUCCGCAUAUGCUGCGGCGGCCGCCGCCGCUGCCGCCGCAUUCCAUUCAGCUCCAGACAGCCCCCAAUCCUCAGAGGCCCACGGACGAAUGCUACGCUGCGGCGGCGGUGGUGGCGGCGUCCUCCAGCCAUGGUCCUUGCAUAAGAGCCCAAGUGACAGGACUGCCGUAGAGAUUCCUCAGGUGUCCUCCCUAGCCCACUGGGAUGCUGCUGCUGCUGCCUCCGGACCUGACUGCCCUGCUACUCAGGCUGCUGCUGCUGCUGCCACAGUCCCUAUCCUUACGGGCUCCUCAGACGGCUGGGGGGGCCAGAAUCAAGGCCUGCGGGCGGCGCCUCUCUCAGCAGCAUCGGCAGCCUCAGCUGCCUCCACUUCAAUGGCUACGUCAGCCGCCAUGGUGUCACCACGAGGCCAGGUGGUCCACCCUCACGCGCAUCUCCAUAUCACGGGGAGCACCAUUCUCUGUUCGCCACGCGGGGGCAGCUGCUUUGAGGCUAGCGCUGUGGUACCGUCAUCCUCCGCCGCCGCGUCAGGAGGGGCGCCCGGCCCCCAGCCCAGCUGCAUGCUGCUGCAGCGGGCAGAGCUGCCCAAGUCACGACGCCCAUCAGUGCUGCCCCUCACUGCGGACGGUGGCCUGGGUUUGCAUCCCACGGCUGCCCAUCCUGCCAGCCACCAGCGUUCUAACAGCUUGCAGAGUGGCCCACGGGUCAUUCAGGCCGCGCUGGCCGGUCCUAGUCACCCGCUGUACUACAACGCGCCCAUGAGCGAGUGGGCGGAACCGGAGGCCGUGGCGGCUGUGACCGCUGCGGCGGCGGCGGCAGCCUCCGGCAAUGUCCUCAGCGGGUCCGGGGCCACCCGGCGCAUACCUGGACUGGUUCGGAAGAGUACUAGGUUGCUGCACGUGCAUCGACAGCCCCACCACCAGCAGCAGCAGGCGCAGCAGGCUCCCGCACAGCAGCAGGAUCCUUCUUUGGGCCCUCCUCCUAGCCCAGGUGGGGGGCCCACCGGUCGCCAAGGCCAGCGUAACUCUGCGCCGCUUCCCAGCCGGCAUGCCACGCAGGGGCCGUCGUUCUGGGCGCAACAGCAACAGCAGCAGCAGCCAGAUUUAUCACCUCGGCGACAGCCUCACGCGCAGCAGCAGCAGCAGCCGCAGCAACACCUCUUCAAUUCUGAUCUCUCGUGUCCGAGGGACAUCUCCAGCGCGCAGCACCUUUACCACCAGCCUCAUCAUCACCAACAGCAGCACCAUGGCGCGCACUGGCGACCUCAAAUGGAGCCCGGCCUUUCCAGCCAUGACUGGGAGCAAGGCGGGCGGUUGGAGGCUGCAGCCGGGGCUGAGGCAGCCUCAGCAGCAAGCGACUCAGCUACUGCCACAACAUGGCAUCAUCACGGGCAUCAAUCGGGAGCGUUCGGCGCUGUGGAAUAUUCGGCUUACAUGCCACAGUUCGAGUUCCAGGCUGGUGACCCACGGGUCAAUGACUCUUGGACUCAAGGGCUGCAAGGCCCCGGUUACGACCGGUACCAUCAGUGGGGCCAACAUGCGCACCUGCUUUCACAGCACCCGGCAGCAAAUUCAGCUGCCACGGCUGCUGCUCGGCUCACCCAUGUUUCGUCUUUCCAAGGCACGACGUCACAUGCACAGCACCCAUCUCCGGCGCUCAAUACCCCAGGAGUCAUGCGGCAGUCCUUUUCGCUGGGCAAAAUUGAGCCCUGGCCCUUGUCCCCGAGGCAGCCGCCAGUUCUUCAUGGCCCGCCGCUGCAGGGAUGGGAGCACGCCGCAGCAAGCCCAGAUGCUUCCGCGACGACUGGAGCGACGGCCCAUGUGGCAUCAGAGGAAACACAGGCCCUGCGCGCCAUCCUGACGCGCACCGAGAGGGACCUUGUGGCGCAGCUGGAACGCGCAGUAACUCCGGAGGAAGCCAGCGAGAUUGAGCACAUCCUACAGCAGAUUCGCCGCUCCCGUGACGGGCCGACCCACGGGUCUGGCAGCCCCUCUCAGUCGCCCACGACAUCGGCCGCCGCGGGAGGCUCGCCCAACGCUGCUUCAGCACCCCUUCCGCAGCAUGGCGAGGCAACCACCCGGUUGCUGCUGCCAGCCCAGCACCCAGCAGACCUGUCGGCUGAGGGGCCGAGCUCACCCGAGCCGACGAGUCCAGGGAUCGGCGGCAUGCCGAACGAAGAAACUGGCGACACAUCACCCUUGGCUGGGGCUGCCGAAGCUGUGAGCAGAGCACCCCGGUGCGCUUCUGAGGCUGGCAUGGAGGGACUGGUAACGGAAAACAAGGAGCUCGGGGUAGCGGAGGUGUCGCACGGGGCCGAGCAGGAGAGCGCUCCGGCCCUGACAGAGCUCCGCAUGCUUGAAGCUGCUACGUCCGCUCCCACAUCACAACAGCCCUGGGCAUCGGCGCCGCCAGGGCAUCAGGUGUUGCCCUCACAGAAGCCGGGGCCCGCCUCAGGCGGCGACCAACUAAUGAGUGCAUCCGCUAACGUCACGGCUGCUAACGAUGACAGCUGCUGCGCUGUGGCGCAUCCGCCAUUAGACGAAUUUACCAUUCGCAUGGUUCAGCUGCCGUCCCGUGGGUCACGGCGGGACAACAGCACAGGCGGCGGCACGGCACCCAGCGGCGCCUUGGGCUCCCCCAUUGGCCUGCUGCUUCUAGAGCAUGACGAUGGCUUUGGGUCGCCCGUACCCUCAUUUGAGGUUUCCUCAAGCAGCAACCUCCAAGACCGUCCGUCCCUGGGUGGAGCCAUCAUCGGCAGCAUCGGCACCGGCACUCUCACAGGCCCCAUGCAGCUGCUGGCAGCUCCCACACUGUCCCACCAUCACCACCACCACCAUCUGGCAGCCAUCGGCGCCGGCUCCUCCUCCUUGCAUUCCUCGGGUGCUGGCUCACUUGCAUCACCGAUGUCGCGGCUGGCCGCAAACCUGAGGCCGGCGGGCGCCGGCGGUGGCGGUGGUGGUGGCGGUGCGGG